AUGGCUCGCUCACUAGACCCAACAACUUCACCACACGCUUUCAACAUGUCAGAAAAUCCAUAUUAUUCGGACCCGGCUCUCUACCUCUACACGUCUCUGACAUCUGGAUCGUCUCAUAUUGUCACAGCGACCUCUCGCCUCGAGACGAUCUUGAAAGCCAACAAGAUUCCCUUCAAAGCCCUCGACAUCGCUACAGAUGAGAAAGCCCGCCAGAUAUGGGGCCGUAGAGCAGGAAAAGAUGAAUCUGGACGUGUGAGGAAGAUACCUGGGUUGGUGCAAGAGGGUUUCGUAGUCGGGGAUCUCGUUGAAAUCGAGGACUGGAACGAAUACGGUGAGCUAAAGCAGCACGUCAAGAUCGUAAAGAAUAAGGCAGUAAAAGCCGGACCCUCGACACCCCUAUCCAAACUCUCGGACGCAGUGAUAGCUGCCCAAGAGAACAAGAAGCCUGGUUCUACGCCCACUUCAACAGCCCCCAAAGCCCCAGCGGCAAGUUCGAAAUCCGCAGAAGCUUCAGUCUCGGAUUCGAAGCCCCCGACAGGCGGCGCGCCUACGACUAUAUCCCUAGCAUUAAGACAGGCCGGACAAGAAGCAGCACAAAAGGCAAAGGAUAACAAGAUGACACCACCCGUGGAGACGUUCGACGGAGUAGGAGAGGCAGAGCCGCCAAAAGAAAAGGGGAAAGCUGUACCAGCUCCUCUCACCAUCCCAGAAACGGAACAUGCAAUCGAGACACCAACACUCAUGCAAUCACCCACCUCAACAACCUGGCGACGAGCCCCUGGAUCUGGGUUUGAAAUCAAGACGCCCCGGCAUUCUAUCAGCAAGUUAGAGUCGAUGCAGUCUCCCAAUAGCACGGCUUGGAAGCCGGCAGAUGUUGAGCCGCCUGUGAAGUCUUGUGUCAAAGAGGAAGAGGAUGAAGACGAAGAUGAAGACGAAGAAGAUAGCGAGGAUGAGGCAGAUGAAAAGGAGUGA